GGGGACGAGGAAUGGUGGUGGGACAGUUCAAUGCAAUAUCAACCAAGUACCGGCAGUUGUUCCAUUAGAUUCAUAUAAGCAACAUCGCAGAUAGUUUCUCUGAGUCGUUUCACUUCUCGCUCGAUCGAAAUCGACUGAUUAAGACACCGGGCACAAUCACCUGCGAACGAAGAACUUCGCGCGAUGGAACACUGGUCGUUACUGUUGUCGAUCGUGAUCGGCGCUCUCGGCAUCUAUUACUACCUCUUCAAGAGGUUUAAUUUCUUCAAGAGACAUGGCGUCCUGCAUAUCCCGCCGAUACCUGUGCUGGGAACCAUGACCCCGGUGGUGUUCCGCCAGAUCUCGAUAGGCGAAUUCUGGCAGCGACUGUACAAUUUCCGGACGGACGCAAAAUACUACGGCUUUUAUGCCAUGACAAUGCCGAUCUUCUUGGUGCGCGACCCAGAGCUCCUCAAGGACAUCCUGGUCAAGGACUUCGAGAAGUUUCACGACCGCCGGCCCUUCGGCGACGUCAACGACCCGCUGAUGAACAAGAAUCUCUUCUCCUUGCAGGGGAGCAAAUGGCAAGGUAUCAGGACCCUGAUAUCGCCGGCGUUUACCGGUCACAAGAUGAAGUUUAUGUACUCCCAGAUAUUGGAAUGCGCGGUGAACUCCGCGAGGUUUGCAUCGUCGUCGGCGGCGGACCAGAAAGAGCUGGAUACGAGGGAUAUGUUCAGCAGGUACACGAACGACGUGAUCGCCACGUGUGUCUUUGGCAUCAAAACAGAUACCAUAAAAAACCCGAAAAACGAGUUUUACGUUCACGGUCGCAACGGCACUAAAUUCCUCGAAACUUUUAUCGCUCUGCUGGCGUUCCUCAGGACCUUCUCGCUGGCGCGGAUCUUAAACUUGCGGAUGGUGGACGAGAAGGUGACGAAAUUUUUCCUAGACACUGUCAAGAGAGUGAUCGAGAAGCGCGACGCCGAGAAAAUCAUACGGCCGGACAUGCUGCAACUGCUGAUGGACAAUCGCGGUAAAAGCGUGGCCGGCGAAGAACUCACUCUCGAAGACAUAACCGCGCAAACGUUCGUCUUCUACUUCGCCGGCUUCGAGAGUACCUCGACCACGAUAUCCUUCCUGGCGCACGAACUCGCGGUGCACCCGGACGUGCAGGCGAAGCUGCGCCGGGAGAUCGACCAGACCUUGGAGGAGACUAACGGCCGGAUAACUUACGACGUGAUCAACCGGAUGAAAUACUUGGACGCGGUGAUCAAGGAGACUUCGCGGAUGUAUCCGUCGACCUCGUUCCUGGAGCGCGUGUGCUCGAAAGACUACGAGCUGCCGCCCGCGUUGCCCGGCGAGAAGCCCUUCACCAUGAAGAAGGGCAUGGUGCUCUGGGUGCCGAUCUACUCGAUCCAACGCGACGACCAGUACUACGACCAGCCUGAGGAGUUCCUCCCGGAGCGCUUCCUGGACAACGUCAGCUACGAGAAUUCGCCGUAUUUUAUGUCGUUCGGCCUCGGGCGGAGGAUGUGCAUCGGUUUCCGCUUGGCCAUGAUGAUGAUGAAAGUGAUGAUGUUCCAACUGUUGGCGCGAUGCGAGCUGAAGCCCUGCGCCAAGACUUCGAAGCCGUUAAGGCUCGAAAAACAAAGUAUGCAAAUGUUGGCCGAGGGUGGAUUCUGGCUGAGUUUCCAGCCCAGGACCGACGUGCAUCCCGCACUCGAUUCCGCGGUGGUUGUUGACGACGCCGUUGAUCCUUGAAGAGAUCGCGAACGAGCGAGCGGCUGGCCGGAAGAAACGGCAGCGGCAUGCUUAUUGUCGUGUUAACAGAAGUAUAAUCGCUCGCAUAUGAUGUUUAAAAAUAGGGCACAAAAUGUCUUACUAAUAUAUGUAACACGAUAUCACACAGAGAUAAACGCUGUUGCGUCAGUAAAAUUGACAAGCGACUACGUCGUGAUUUAUGUAAAUCUUCUGAAUUCAGUAGCAGUAUUGUUGAAUUCAUUUAACGAAAACGCUAAAAUCGAUAUACUAUUUUGUUCUUAUCUUCUAAAGUCACGUUAACCCGUAAAUGAGGUAAAACCCGUAGAUAGUAGUUAAACUAAUUCACAGACGCAUGAGUAAACGAACGUUUCGUUUUUGAUUACUACAUUGAUGCUUUCAGUAAUUUGCCUUCAUUCUUGGAUUUUGCAAAAUAGCGUCAAUAGCCGUGACUUUCUGCUAAGUUUGAACGCGUCUCUCAUUAAUAUGCGCGCGCGUGUUGCCUACUGUUUUGUCUAAUAACUGCAUGAGAAUUGCGAUUAAUAAGAUUAAAUAUGUUGUAUUAUUAAAUAUAUAAUAUGCAGCUCAAUUUUUUCGCAGAAAUGUGUGCACUUUAAGACACACACUUCCGCGAAAAAUUUAAGCCGUUCGUGUGAUCUGAUAUAUCUUACGAGACGCAAACACGGAAAUCGAUGUGCGCGGCCGGACGGCCGCCUAUAUAAUUCAUUUCGCACAAUUGAGAGAAAAUAUCGUGGUUAUUAUCAAUAUUACGCGCGCGCAUAUUAAUGAAAGACGCAUUUAAACUUGGCAAAAAGUCAUUUUUGCGCCGCAAAGCACAAAGCGUGCAUAUCUGUAAGAAAAUGUCUAUAAAUGUAACAUAUAAAAAUAUAUUAUAAUGUGACACUUGAUUAACGUAUGUAAUAUGAAAUUAUUACUACAUAAACUGUACGAUUAAUCGUCGUAAGCGCUAUUAAUCAACCUCAUAUAAACAUGAUAUAUAAAGUAACACGACGUAUGCUACAUUUUAAUGCAGAAACUCGCGCGAAUGUAUCGGAAAAUUCCAUAUUGUAUAUUUCAUAUCGCUCUUAAAAAAUACGAUGUUUACGCGCAUAUAUUAAUAAAAUACGCAGUAUCA